AUGGAAAACUCGCAAUUAUCUUUAGUUCGAUAUUCAAACAUGAAAAUAAUAGUAGUCAGUCUUUUGUUGGUGGUUUCCUUGUUGGGAAAACACCAGGCCAGCGCAAAGAGUGUGGCCAACACCUUGGCCAACGAAAUCGGUCAGGAUGCCUCCUCUUUCGGCAAUGAAUUGGGCCAAGAGGUCAUUCAAUAUGGCGAAGAAGCCGCUAACAGCGGCUUGAAGUAUGGAGAAGCAGCGGAAAAUGCCUCCUCCGGUUGGGAACUUGGAAUGGAUGGCAGCAUUUUCGGUCACGAAUUGGGAGAUGAGGGCAAUUUGUUGGGUCAACAGGUAUCCAAUAGCGCCAUUAACUUUGGCCAUCAAGUCUCCCAGGAAGCGGAAGAGGCAGCCAGUGCAGAACUCAAAGCCUUAGCGGCCAAUCAAACUAAGAAAUCCGUAAGUAAGCGUGAUGUCUCAAGUGCCAACGAGAAUCCUUCGGUCACCUGUGCUUGCACCUGUUCCAAUGAUGGCGCCGCUUCCAAGCUGGGCAACAAGGUUGCAGAGUCGGCCGGGAAGGCAGCUCAUGAUGUGGCCAACGCUGCUGGAAAUGUGGCCUCGAGUGUUGGUGGCGCUGCUGGUACCAUUGCCCACGAUGCUGCCGGUGCUGCUUCUAGUGUUGCAAGUGCUGCUGGACACAUUUUCCACGACGCUGGAAAGGUUGGAGGUGACAUUGGAAGCGCUGCAGGAAACGCUGCUGGAGAUGUUGCUCAUGCUGCUGGAAAUGUGGCCUCGAGUGUAGCUGGCGCUGCUGGUACUAUUGCUCACGAUGCUGCCGGUGCUGCUUCUAGUGUUGCAAGUGCUGCUGGACACAUUUUCCACGACGCUGGAAAGGUUGGAGGUGACAUUGGAAAUGCUGCUGGAAACGCUGCUGGAGAUGUUGCUCAUGCUGCUGGAAAUGUGGCUUCCAGUGUAGCUGGAGCUGCGCGACACAUCUUCCACGACGCUGGAAAGGUUGGAGGUGAAAUUGGAAAUGCUGCUGGAAACGCUGCUGGAAAUGUCGCUGGAAGUGCAGCAAAUGCCGCGUCUAGUGUUGCAAAUGCUGCUGGACACAUUUUCCACGACGCUGGCAAGGUCGGAGGUGACAUUGGAAAUGCUGCAGCAAAUGCUGCUGGAGAUGUGGCCAAUGCUGCUGGAAAUGUUGCUGGAAGUGCAGCAAAUGCUGCUGGAGACGUAGCAAAUGCUGCUGGAAAUGUCGCUGGCAGUGCAGCAAAUGCUGCUGGAGAUGUCGCAAACGCUGCUGGAAAUGUUGCUGGAAAUGUGGCCAAUGCUGGUGGAAACGUCGCUAGCAGUGCAGCAAAUGCUGCUGGAAAUGUAGCUGGAGAUGUUGCCAAUGCUGCUGGAAAUGUUGCUGGCAGUGCAGCAAAUGCUGCUGGAGAUGUUGCAAAUGCUGCAGCAAAUGCUGCUGGAGAUGUUGCUAAUGCAGCAGGCAAUGUCGCUGGAGAUGUUGCAAAUGCCGCUGGAAAUGUAGCUGGAGAUGUUGCAAAUGCCGCUGGUGAUAUUGCACAUGAUGCAAGCAACAUUUUCCACUCCAUAUUUUAGAGUAUCUCUCUACUUUUUACCCAUUUAUUCUAAUAAAUGAACGAGCAAAUUAA